AUAUCUUCAUGAACAAAUUAAUUUAUUCAUCAGUGAGUGAUGAUGAUCAUCACAAUAAGCAACCAUCUUCAACCUUGAAGUUAUUCGGUUCUCUAGUACAUAAUUUUGGCGACGAAACGCCGGCAACAGCAUCAUCAUCAUCAUUAUGCAACAGAGACACGAGGAGGUUUGUGUGUUCAUACUGUGAUCGAACGUUUAGAAACUCUCAAGCACUAGGUGGCCACCAAAAUGCUCACAGGAAAGAGCGCCAAGUGGCAAAGCUAGCUAAGUUUUAUGGUGAUCUUCAAUGUCUUCGUCGAGCUGGGUUGGUGUCAGCCGUCGAUAUCAGUGCUAUAGAGUCAAGUUACAUGAGGGAAAAGGCAGCUAGGUUCCACUGUUUGUCGCCACCAUUGAUAUUAUCUCAUGGAGAUUACUGUGGACGAUGGCCACAUCAGCUUCCUGUUGAGGAGUCAAGCUCAUCAACCUUCGAGGAUCCAAAAGCAUAUCCCUUAGUUGCAGUAGAAAAUAAAGAAGAUGAAGAUGAAGUUGAAGAUGAGGUUGAUCUCCAUUUGAGGCUGGCACCUUCCAAGCCUUGACGCUCGACUAGUAAUUACAUAACUAAAUAAAAUUAUAUGUCUAUAUAAUGCAAUACUAUUAGCAUUUAAACUAAAUUGGGUUUACAUAAUAUUUUUGUUAAUCUAUUUCAAGCAU